AUGCCACCCCUCCAGGACCCUGCAACCCCCAUUAUUGUUGUUCUUGGUAGUGGUACUGUUGUUGCAGACAAUGUUUACUUUGCAGCCAAUGUCUGCCAGUUAGCACUUAGUCUGGAUGCAAGUGAUGUGGCCAUGUGGGCCAUAUCACAAUAUUAUGGGCAUAGGUUUGUUUGGGUUUAUUUUCUUCCCCCAGUUUUAUUUACAUUUUAUAUUUUGCAGAUAGAGCCGAUUCCGAGUGGAAAUCUGCCUCCUGGGUUUGAUUCGAGUGCAUGCCGCAGUGUUUAUGUGGGCAACAUUCAUACACAAGUUACUGAACCACUUCUUCAAGAGGUGUUCUCAAGUACUGGUCCCCUUGAAGGGUGCAAGCUUAUUAGGAAAGAUAAGUCAUCUUAUGGGUUUGUAGACUACUUCGACCGGAGAUCAGCUGCACUUGCUAUAUUAACUCUUAAUGGGAGGCAUCUGUUUGGACAACCUAUAAAAGUUAAUUGGGCAUAUGCUAGUGGUCAAAGGGAAGAUACUUCAGGUCAUUUUAACAUAUUUGUUGGUGAUCUGAGCCCUGAAGUUACAGAUGCAACCUUGUUUGCCUGCUUCUCUGUUUAUCCCAGUUGUUCUGACGCAAGGGUUAUGUGGGAUCAGAAGACUGGUCGCUCAAGGGGGUUUGGAUUUGUUUCUUUUCGGAACCAACAGGAUGCCCAAAGUGCAAUAAAUGAUUUAACAGGAAAGUGGCUUGGAAGUAGACAAAUACGAUGUAACUGGGCGGCGAAGGGUGCUGGUGCCAUUGAGGACAAGCAAAAUACAGAUGCAAAAAGUGUGGUUGAACUAACGAAUGGAACAUCAGAAGAUGGACAGGAGACUACAAAUGAUGAUGGGCCUGAGAGUAACCCUCAAUAUACAACUGUUUAUGUGGGAAACCUUGCUCCUGAGGUUACCCAGCUUGAUCUCCACCGCCACUUCCAUUCCCUUGGUGCUGGGGUAAUUGAGGAAGUCCGUGUGCAGCGUGAUAAGGGCUUUGGGUUUGUUAGAUACAGCACCCAUGCAGAAGCUUCCUUGGCCAUUCAGAUGGGCAAUGCUCGAAUUCUGUGUGGCAAGCCAAUUAAGUGCUCUUGGGGUAGUAAACCUACUCCACCAGGGACAGUGUCCACACCUCUUCCCCCGCCUUUCCCCCCAGGUAUUUCGGCUGCAGAACUUCUGGCCUAUGAGCGUCAGCUGGCUAUGAGCAAGAUGGGUGGUGCCCAGGCAUUAAUGCAUCCACAGGGGCAACAUGCCCUCAAACAUGCAGCCAUGGGUAUGGGUGCUGCUGGAGCAAGCCAGGCAAUCUAUGAUGGAGGGUUUCAGAAUGCUGGUGCUGCCCAGCAGCAGCUCAUGUACUACUGAGAGAUGAUCCCAAUUAUAUCAUAAACCUUGGUAUUCCUUGGUUGGCAUCGAAGUCUAUUGAGAAGGCUUUUCUGAUGGUUUUUAUUAAUUACCAGUUUUUUUUUUUUUUCACCCUUGUAUGGAUGUACUUUUUGUUGAACUGUGCAGUGUAGAAAUAUUCAGGGGAACAGGUGGGUGCUACAGUGAGGAGUUAUAUUUUGAAGGCUUUUAUAUAUAUUUUAUUACUA